AUGGGCACCGCGCAUGUGCUCGACGACUACUACCUGGGCAUCACGGCCAUCGUGACCGUGGGGUACCAGCUCUUCUUCUUCGCCAUCGCCUACACCUUUAAAUUCGACAAGCUCACGGACCUCGCCGGCGGCUCCAACUUCGCCGUCCUCGCCAUCCUCACACUCGCGCUGUCGGGCCACCACCACGCGCGCCAGCUCGUCGCCUCCCUCUUUCUCAUCGCCUGGGCGCUGCGCCUCUCGGGCUUCCUCUUCUUCCGCAUCCUGCGCACGGGCUCCGACGACCGCUUCGACGACAAGCGCGACCGCUUCUUCCCCUUCCUCGGCUUCUGGGUCGCCCAGAUGGUCUGGGUCUGGGCCGUCUCCCUGCCCGUCACCGUCCUCAACAGCCCCGCCGUCACCGCCUACCCCCAGCAUGCCUUUGGCACGGGCCGCGACAUCGCCGGCGUCGUGCUCUUCGCGGUGGGCUUCGUCAUGGAGAGCGUCAGCGAUGUGCAAAAGUAUAGGUUCCGCCAGACGCACAAUGGCUCGGACGUGUGCGACAAGGGCUUCUUCUUUGUCUCGCGCCAUCCAAACUACUUUGGCGAGAUACUCAUCCAGUUUUCCAUCUACAUGAUUGCCGUAUCCUCGGCGGCAGACGGUUACGUCGGCGGCCAGGCGUACAAGGCCCUCUACGCCACGAUCCUGGGGCCCUUCUUGCUCACCAUCCUCCUAAUGUUCGUUUCCGGCCUGCCGCUUUCAGAACGCCCCAAGGCCAAGUCCCGCUACGAAAAGGGCACCAACUGGGAGGGCUACAAGCGCUGGCUCGACCGCACCAGCAUCCUCAUUCCCUUCCCGCCACAGCUGUACGAGAGGGUGCCCGUCUUCCUCAAGCGGACCAUCUUCCUCGAAUUCCCCAUGUACGUCUUCGACCCGGCGAAGCACUCCGACGUGAAGCACCCCGGGGGCGCCAACGAAGAUACGCACGAUUCGCAUGACCAGGCGACGAGGAGGAACAGGCAGAGCGGCGAGGAGAGACUUGUCUAG